UGUGCUGCACUGUCUCAACAUGCCUCCGUCUGCACAACUGACAUCUUUAGUUCUUUGCUCUGUCUGCGUAACCGCCAACUCUGAUCGCGAACAGGAAAUUCUUUCUGUUUCCUCCAGUUGAUUCUGAAAAAGUUCUGGAACAUUUGCUGUUUUCAGAAGAGCAAUGAGCUGCCAAUACAGUCUCUUAUUUUUAUUCCUCUGCGGCUUUGCUGCGCUCACUGUUGCAGAGAUAUGUAAAACAGAACUACUAGAGGGAACGUCCUGCACCCUAAAGCUGCCAACAACAAACACUGACAAAUCUAGUGAGAUCAAAUGGGCCCAUGGCAGCAGUAACGCUGUCAUUCAGAGGAAAAAUAAUAAGAACAAAUCAAACACUCCAGGUCUAACACUGGAAGAAGAUGGAUCAUUAACAUUUGAAAGUGUUAGUCUGAAGAACACCGGCAAAUAUACAUACACUGUUUUUAAUUCUGACGGUACACUGAUUGGUGCUGGAGAAAAGGAAAUUAACGUUUAUGCAAAGGCUCCUAAACCUACUGUGAAGAUCGACUGCAAAGGUGCUGACGUUACACUCACCUGUGACAUUAGAGACCGUACAGAUCUGACUGUCUCCUGGUAUAAAGACAAUACCAUCCAGACUGAAAAAAAAACAAAACUGCUCUUGACAUCUGCUCACAUACAGGAGAAUAAACCGUACUCAUGCAGUGUAAGCAAUCCUGUCAGCAAUGAGCAAAGUGGCAUCGUUACAGUAUCAUGUACAGGUACUACAGGUGACGGCUCAGGUCCUCGUAAACUCUUUGGCUUUGAUUUAUGGAUCAUGGUGAGCAUUUUAGCAGGUGGAGGAGCCCUUCUGUUGAUGCUGAUAUGUGUUCUCAUCAUCUGUGCAUGUCGAAGCUGUAAAAAACAAAAGAAGCACGAACAAGAUGAAGAAGAGCUCAGACUGAGGGUUUUUCAAGAUGAAGCUCAUACCGGUACAGCCAGAUCCAAACACACUGCUAGGGGGCAACCGGCGCCCCCCAUCCCGCAAGAAGACACAACUCCACAAACCCCAACUCAAACCCAGACUCAGCCCAAAGCCCAGACCCGCAGUCGACCUCCACCACCACCUGAGGACGAUGAGGAAAAUCCUCCUCCCUUACCUCGGCCGAGGAAUAAACAACACCGCAAGAGACAUGAAGAGCCGUACCGACCAAUGGAAUGAGAUGCUUGUAUGUUCACUGAACGACAGUAACUCAGGGCCUUAACGGAAUCAUUUUCAUAAGCCAUACUGGGAUGCUAAGAGUGUCAUUUAAGAAAUAGCACGGUAAAAAUGAAAUUUGGUCAUAUACUCACCCUCAUGUUCUUCCAAACUUGUAUUGUUUUCUUUAUUUUCUUCAAACACCAAAGGAGGUCUUAGGCAGAAUGCCAAAGCGGUUCUUGUCCAUAGAGGGAAAAGAGAUGGUGAUUUAUACUUAAGCCUCAGAAACCAUAGUCCUUAAGAUCUAAGUCUUCUGAGGACUAUUUAUGUAAUGAUUUACAACGCAAAAAAAAUUUUUUUUUUUUUUUGCUUUGAAAUGAAGAAAACGUACAUAAUGAGCAAGUACAUCUUCCAAAAAGUGUUUUGCCUUAGUCUAGAUCACUGUAAGCCUCUAAUAAUUAUUUAUAUUUUUUAAGUUUUUGGGGCAGAUUUCCAGGGAACCUGCAUACUUUCGUCAUUACUCAUUACUCAUUACGUCAUAUUCGUAAAUAAAGGAAAGCAAUCAGAAGUCAGAAUAUUACUAUAUUAAUAAGUGGAUGGAGCUUGAAGAAGUAACAACUGAAUAUUGAACCAAAAAGCAAAAAGGGAAAGCUAAAGUAUCCGUAAUAAAACACGAAUCAAUAUACUUUACAUAGUAGUUACUACUUUGAUCUGUUUGUUAUGGAAGUCCAUUUCCGCCACUGAAUAAAAAAAUAAAAAAGGAAACUGCGACUUUUUUUCUCGCAGUUCUGAAUGAGACAAUCAGCCGAAGCACAACUCAAGAGAUCAAAACAAUGUUAGUCCGCGAGUAACGUCAGCCGCUAGAGUUGUCUAGCUUUCAAAUAAUAGAAUACAGUGAAUAACGGCUUAAAUUUAAGUCUGUUUUGUGAGGUGAACAUGAGUAUAUGAAUUAUUCUUCAGGUGCACUAAGUAGCCUAUUUUCUCUCAGGUCUUAUUUGUGUCUUUAAACAUCUAAAAUAAGAGACGUCUUGAUCAUUAUACUGGCACACCUGUAGAUGUAAAUGCAUUGUGUUUUUAUUUAUUAAAUCAACAGUUAUGCGACUUUAACAUUAGAGUUUAGAAUUCCGCUUAUGUUAAAUUAACCAACUUCUUUCCUAGUCUGUAUUAACACAUUGAUGUAAAUAUAUUUGGGUUGUCACUUUUUAGAGGUACAAUUAACUUAGUGCACCUUUAAGUAGAAAACAAAAGUGUCUAUGAGCUGAAUGAAACAGUAUUUUAUAGAGUAAUUUUUCCUUUUGUGUGUGUGUGUGUGUUUUCUGAGACCA